GAGACGCUUUCUGGCAGAAUUGUAAGGUUUAGGCUCCAUUUGUGUGCUGUAGAACAAUAAUGUUUUUCGUUUUAGUUUAACUAUCAACGGUAAUACCAAGUGACCAUGUUUCAAAGAAGCACUCCGCUGCUCCCACCUGCCCCGGUGGAUAGCACGGGGAAACGGCUGACCUGCCAGCGGGGCUCCGGUUCUCCACCUCCGUCAUCGCAUCCAGCGCAGGCAGGGGGCGGCAACAUGGCGGUGACAGCAGCACAGACGCGGAGACGCGCAUUAUAGAGAGCGGCACUCUCACAUGCACGCAGCUUUGUAUACACAGCGCAGGUCAGUCAGCUCAGUAACCGGCUGGUACCGACAACACACCGGACUCUCUAACCGAAACUCCCGAGAGUGGAUUUUACAGAGAGAGAGGGAGCGAGAGAGGGGCAUUUCUUGUUUGUGUUUUUGUUUGUCACGGCUUCGCUUGUGUUCCUGUCUUUCUUUUCUUUUUUUGUUGUAUGUUUCCUGAGCAGUGAUUGGAUUUAUUAUAAGGAGAAAGCGUGUAACUAGCUUCUGAAGCCGCCCGGUUUUGGGUGGAAAUGACAAGCGAGAGACCGCCGGUGACAAUGCCGGGGUCGAUGUCGCUCUCGGACCGACAACCUCCUCCAGGUCACAGGCAACACGCGGCUGCAGUCUCCGCUGCCACCGGUGAGACUAUGAUGAUGUCCGGUUCAGGUUCAGUGGUGCUCCCGGCUGGUAUUAUCAAUCCGUCGGUUCCAAUCCGGAAUAUUAAAAUGAAAUUUGCAGUUGUCAUCGGACUGAUCCGGGUCGGAGAGGUUAACAACCGGGAUAUUGUUGAAACGGUGCUGAAUUUGUUGGUGGGUGGUGAGUUUGAUCUGGAGACAAACUUCAUCAUCCAGGAUGCAGAAAGCAUCGGCUGCAUGGUGGAGCUGUUGGGGCACUGUGACGUCACCUGCCAGGCCGAAAUCUGGAGCAUGUUCACCGCCAUCCUUCGGAAGAGUGUUCGAAACCUGCAAACGAGCACUGAGGUGGGCCUCAUCCAGCAGGUGCUGCUCAAAAUGAGCUCGGUGGACGACAUGAUUGCAGACUUGCUGGUGGACAUGUUGGGAGUGCUGGCCAGCUACAGCAUCACAGUGAAGGAACUGAAAUUGCUCUUCAGCAUGCUACGAGGGGAAGGAGGCCUCUGGCCGAAGCAUGCAGUCAAAAUGUUGUCGGUGCUGAACCAGAUGCCCCAGAGACACGGCCCAGAUGCCUUCUUCAACUUUCCUGGUCGCAGUGCAGCAGCCAUUGCUUUACCUCCUAUUGCCAAGUGGCCUUAUCAGAAUGGGUUUACAUUUAACACCUGGUUCCGGAUGGAUCCCUUGAAUAACAUCAACGUUGACAAGGACAAACCAUAUCUCUACUGCUAUCGGACCAGCAAGGGCAUUGGGUACUCUGCACAUUUUGUUGGUAACUGCUUGAUCGUCACAUCACUCAAGUCCAAAGGAAAAGGUUUCCAGCACUGUGUGAAGUAUGAUUUUCAGCCCAGGAAGUGGUACAUGAUCAGUAUAGUUCACAUCUACAGCCGCUGGAGGAACAGCGAAAUCAGAUGCUAUGUUAACGGACAGCUGGUUUCUUACGGAGACAUGGCAUGGCACGUCAACACAAAUGAUAGUUAUGAUAAGUGCUUCCUCGGGUCCUCGGAGACAGCAGAUGCAAACAGAGUGUUCUGCGGCCAGCUAGGAGCCGUCUACGUGUUCAGCGAAGCCCUUAAUCCCGCGCAGAUAUUUGCAAUUCAUCAGCUAGGACCAGGCUAUAAGAGCACAUUUAAGUUCAAGUCAGAGAGUGAUAUCCACUUAGCGGAGCAUCACAAGCAGGUGUUGUAUGACGGUAAGUUGGCCAGCUCCAUCGCCUUCACCUAUAACGCCAAGGCCACUGACGCCCAGCUCUGCCUGGAGUCCUCACCGAAAGAAAACGCCUCCAUCUUUGUGCACUCACCGCACGCCCUUAUGCUACAGGAUGUAAAAGCCACAGUGACUCACUCCAUCCACAGUGCCAUCCAUUCCAUUGGUGGGAUCCAGGUGCUCUUCCCGCUCUUUGCUCAGCUGGACUACCAUCAGCUGAACGACCAGGUGGAACCCAAUGAUCCUAAGGGCCUGAGGGUAGAAGCUCCUCCUGAGCCUCUCAGUGCUGGCCUGGUGUAUCCAUCAUCACGUGGACACAUCACCAGGGCUGUGUUAGAGCAGUUCCUCUCCUUUGCAAAGUAUCUGGACGGCCUGACACAUGGGGCACCACUGCUGAAGCAGCUGUGUGACCACAUCCUGUUCAAUGCUGCCAUCUGGAUCCACACCCCUGCCAAGGUGAGCUCCCACAGGUCACUCAGCCCAUGA